UUACCAACUUCAAAACACAUCUAACCGAACCACACAUGUUUUCCGACCACUUAUUCAUCCUCCUGCUACUUGCACCGGUCUUGGCUCUCAUAAUCACCGUCCGUACACUAACAAAGGUGGUGAGUCAACCGGGUCAAAACCAUCCACCGGGUCCAUAUUCAUGGCCAGUGUUGGGCAACCUAGCGCACAUGCUCAAAGGCCCUCAUGUCUACUUCACCGAGUUAGCCCGUUCAUAUGGUCCACUGUGUUCUGUGAAACUUGGGACCCAUUUGUUUGUUAUCGGCUCAUCUCCCAUGGCUGCAACGGAGAUCAUGAAAGCCCAUGACAGACUACCUACGUACAGAUGGGUGCCCAAAGCUGGUCAAGAUGGGUUGCAAGAUUACUCACUUAUUUGGGCGACUGAGUGUACGGAUCAUUGGAAGCUUUUAAGGUCUUUGUGCCGGACGGAGUUGUUCUCGGCUAAAGGGCUAGACUCGCAAUCUAUUUUAAGGGAGAAAAAUGUUGAUAAAAUGGUUGAGUUUCUAAACAACAAACAAGGAAAAGUUGUGAACAUUCGAGAGGUUGCGUUUGCUACAACAGUGAACAUACUUGGUAACAUAUGUUUCUCCGAAGAUUUCGUUGGUUUGGAGGGUGAUGAGAAGGAAAGUAGAGGUUUAAAACGGGCUCUUUAUAGGUUGAUGAAGCUGGGGACUACACCAAAUGUUGCAGAUUUUUACCCUAUAUUUGAAGGGUUGGAUCCACAGGGUUUAAAGAAGAAAACAUCAGAGGUUAUGAAUGAGGCGUUUAGCGUAUGGGGACAUGUGAUUAAGGAAAGAAGAGUUAAAAGAGAAUAUCAGAAAGGAAGUGAUUUAGAUGAACGUGAUUUCUUAGAUACUAUGCUCAGAUGUGGCUUUUCAGAUCUGCAGAUUAACCAGUUGGCUGUUGAACUAUUUUCAGGAGGAACACACAGUACAGCUUCAACCAUCGAGUGGGCGUUAGCCGAGUUGAUCAAGAACAAAGAAGCUAUGUUCAUGCUCCGAAACGAACUUGAUAAAGAAAUUGGUUCAACAACAUGCAUCAAGGAAUCACAAGUCUCUCAGCUUCCUUACUUGCAUGCUUGUGUUAAAGAAACACUAAGAUUACACCCCCCAGCACCACUCCUACAUCCACAAGCCAUCUUAGAAGGAUCUAAAAUCAUGAAUUAUAAUGUGCCUAAGAACUCUCAGCUAAUAAUCAAUGUUUGGGCAAUGGGAAGAGACCCGAGCCUUUGGGAAGACCCGGUGUCAUUCAAACCCGAGAGGUUUUGCGACUCUAGUGUGGAUUUCAAAGGGCAAGAUUUCAAGUUUUUACCCUUCGGUGUAGGAAGGAGGAUGUGUCCAGGAUAUCCUUACGCGAUUAAGCAAAUCCACCUUAUGUUGGCUUCGUUAGUUCGGAACUUUGAUUGGUUUCUUCCUAAUAACAUGGAAGAUCUUUCAAAAUUAGACAUGACCGAAAACUUUGGCAUAAUUUCACAAAGGAAAAAGCCUCUAAUGGUUAUCCCAAAAUGCAAAUGUUGAUUGAUUUAUGCAUGUUUGUUCUUAUAACUAGUUUCCAGUUAUCAGUGUCUUUAUGUUUUGUGUAAUAACAAGAAACUGGGAAUUCUUUGUUAUCAAGUUUAAUAUUGAAAUUCUUAGUUGUUAUGAUGA